CCCAAUUCCUCAAGACACGAAGAAUAUAAACGAUGGGUCGCGUCAUCAGGGCACAGAGGAAAGCCUCCACCAUCUUCCGGGCGCACACCCACCUUAACAAGGCCCCCGCCAAGCUCCGUACCCUCGACUACGCCGAGCGCAAUGGCUACAUCCGGGGUAUCGUCAAAGAAAUCAUCCACGACUCCGGCCGGGGUGCACCCCUCGCCCGUGUCGUCUUCCGCGACCCCUACCGCUACAAGCUCCGCCAGGAGACUUUCAUCGCCACCGAGGGCUUGCACACCGGUGCCUUCGUCUACGCCGGCAAGAAGGCCGCUCUGACCGUCGGCAACGUCCUUCCCGUCAGCCAGUGCCCCGAAGGUACCAUUGUCUGCAACGUUGAGGAGAAGGUUGGCGACCGCGGUGCCCUCGCCCGCACCUCUGGCAACUACGCCACCAUCAUUGGCCACUCGCCCGAGGACAACAAGACCCGCAUCCGGCUGCCAAGUGGUGCCAAGAAGACCGUCUCUGGCAGCGCACGUGCAAGCAUUGGCAUUGUCGCUGGUGGUGGCCGUAUCGACAAGCCUUUGCUCAAGGCUGGUCGUGCAUUCUACCGUGCCAAGUCUAAGCGCAACAACUGGCCUCGUACUCGUGGUGUUGCUAUGAACCCCGUCGACCAUCCUCACGGUGGUGGUAACCACCAGCACAUUGGUAAGGCAUCGACGAUUGCCCGCUCCGCUGUUCCUGGACAGAAAGCUGGUCUCAUUGCCGCCCGCCGGACUGGUCUGUUGCGCGGUUCCGUCAAGGUCAAGGACGUCUAAAGGGGGACGAGAGCUCUGUACCUUACAUUAUCGCUAUGCUUUACGUCUACCUUUCAAAAUCCUGUAUGCAGUUUGCAUAUGCCCCACGAUCAUGCAUCGCCCAUCACAUGCAGCACCACACGAUCUACUUUUUCCACAAACGCGAAAUC